AUGGCAUCAGUUGCACACCAGUUAAAAGAUGCUUUUCUUCUGAAGACAUCAUGCUACGUGAACGGGCAAUGGGUUGGCGCCAAAUCUGGCAAAGUCUUCUCAGUCGAGAACCCUUCAACUCUCUCUGAGGUAGCCAAAUGUCCCGAAUUCGACGACAAGGACACCGAGGCAUCCAUUCUCGCCGCCCACGAUGCCUUCAAGUCCUUCCGCAAGACCCCUGCGCGGGCCAGAGCUCGCCUCCUCAGGAAAUGGUACGACCUCAUGAUGGAGAACGCCGACGACCUCGCCAAGAUCAUCACCAUGGAAAACGGCAAGCCUCUGGCAGACGCAAAGACCGAAGUCGGCUACGCCGCGUCCUUCUUCGAGUGGUUCUCCGAGGAGGCGCCCCGGAUCUACGGCGACACCAUCCAGGCGAGUAACCCCAGCUGCCGCCUCGUGACGCUCAAGGAGCCAAUUGGCGUCUGCGGCCUCAUCGCUCCCUGGAACUUCCCGGCCGCCAUGAUCACGCGCAAGGUAGGCCCCGCGCUGGCCGCCGGCUGUACCGUCGUCGUCAAGGCUCCUGCCGAAGCGCCCCUGACGGCACUGGCUCUCGCGGAGCUCGCUCAUCGCGCGGGCAUCCCCGCUGGCGUGGUCAACAUCAUCACGGCCCUGGAUAACACUGUUUCUGUGGGAAAGGUUUUGACGAAGCACCCGAUCAUCAAGAAAGUGUCCUUUACGGGCUCAACAGGCGUCGGAAAGCUGCUGAUGAACCAGUGCUCUUCAACACUAAAGAAGUUGUCCUUUGAGCUCGGAGGCAAUGCACCAUUCAUCAUUUUUGACGACGCGGAUCUGGACGUGGCUCUCAAGGGCUUGAUCGCGUCAAAGUUUAGAAUCUCGGGUCAGACCUGCGUCUGUGCCAACCGGAUCCUGGUGCACAGCAGCGUGUACGCAAAAUUCUCGCAAAUGGUUGUGGACGCCAUCAAGACCUUUGUCGUUGGCGACGGGUUCGGCGAGAAGACGACACAUGGACCCCUGAUCCACAACCGCGCGGUCUCCAAGGUCGACGAGCACGUCAAGGACGCCGUGUCCAAGGGCGCCCGCGUGCUCCUCGGCGGUAAACCCCUGGCUGAGCUGGGACCAAACUACUUUGACCUCACCGUGCUGGCGGACAUGAAGCCCGGCAUGAAGGUUUGCUCCGAGGAGACCUUUGGUCCCGUGGCGGCCUUAUUUGCAUUCGAUACGGAGGAAGAGGCCGUCGAGCUUGCCAAUGAUGCGGAUGUUGGUCUUGCGGGAUACUUCUUCAGCAAGGAUGUGUCGCGGUGCUGGCGCGUGGCGGAAGCGCUGGAGGUCGGCAUGGUCGGCGUGAACAUUGGAGCUAUUAGCGACCCAGCGGCACCUUUUGGAGGCGUUAAGCAGAGUGGAUUCGGACGCGAAGGAAGCAAAUACGGUAUCGAUGAGUUUUUGGUCACGAAGAUGGUCAUGACAGGCAUUGAGUAG